AUGGCAGGACGGGCAGCCGGGCUGCCCCUCGUCUGGACUGUUGAUUUCAUCGGGAGCUGCUAUUUUACUGAGAUCUGCAAAUGCAAACUGAAGAACAUUGCAUGUUUGAAGUGUGGCAACGUUGUGGGUUAUCAUGUCAUUUCUCCCUGCAAACCCUGCCUGCUCUCCUGCAACAACGGCCACCUCUGGAUGUUUUACAGCCAAGCAGUCUUUGGCAUCAACAGACUAGACCCUUCUGGUGUGAACGUUUUGCUCUGGGGCAACUUGCCAGAUUUGGAAGAAAGCACAGAUGAAGAUACAUCCUGCAUCUCUGAGGAGGAGUAUAUCAGAUGA